AGUCGCCGUCGGAGUGCCAGUCGGUGUUGUGGUCGCCGGCCGCCAGUCGGUCUUCGAGUGCCUGUGGGGACCGCAUGUACUCCUGUACCGCGGGUGAUCAGUGUGGGAUACCUCUGGGAGUGUGCGGGAGUGCUGUCCAGUCACGGACCGGCAGUGAACUCAGUCUGACUGACUGAGCAGUGACUGAGGACUGAUCGGUGUUAGCUCGGUCACCAGGCGAGUUUCCCACCGGUAGCCGGACGGUGAUGUCCGAUCAGUGACUCCAAAAUGACGUCGGCUGGAAGUAUCGACGACCGUCCACGCCGGUGGCUGGUGACGUUCGUCCUGCUAACGCUGGGAUCCUCCGUACAAGGCCAGUACCGGUCGCCGCGCAUCUCGGAGCACCCGUCGGACACGAUCGUACCCAGGAACGACCCGGUCACCCUCAACUGCAAGGCCGAGGGCCGUCCGCCACCCGAGAUCCUCUGGUUCAAGGACGGCCAGAUGCUCAACUUCAGCUCGUCACACCGGGUCACCCUGCCCGAGGGGGCGCUCUUCUUCCUCACCGUGCAGCAGAACAGCAAGGAGAACGACGCGGGCGUGUACUGGUGCGUGGCGCGCAACGAGGCAGGCCAGGCGCGCAGUCACAACGCCACACUCAAAGUUGCAGUUUUGAAGGACGAGUUCAAGAUGAUCCCUGUGGACACCAAGGUGGCGGUCGGGGGACAGGCCCUUCUGCGCUGCUCGCCGCCCAAGGGGGACCCGCCGCCGACCGUGCGGUGGAAACUGAACGGAAAAACGGUGGACAUCUCCACCACCGACCGGCUGAAGAUACAGAAUGAGGGCGACCUGCUGAUAGACGGCGCCACCGUCGAGGAUGCUGGGAAGUACGUCUGCGAGGCACACAAUUACGCCGGGAUGCACCGACAGACUCCCUCCGCCGUCCUGUCCGUUCAUGUGCGUCCGCACCUGGUCGACGCGCCCGCAAACGCCACGGUCCUGGCCGGUGAGUCGGUGGAUCUGGUCUGCCGGGUGGCCGGUGACCCGACUCCAGCCGUCUACUGGAGCCGCCAGAACGGACGCAUGCCCGUCGGAAGAAUCGACCUGCUGCCUGACAAGACACUGCGUAUUGAGAAUGUGCAGCCGCAGGACGAGGGCCUCUACGUCUGCGAGGCGGAGAAUCCUGUGGGAAAUGUCACCGCCUCGGCCACCGUCACCGUACACUCGCCGCCGUCUUUCGAGCGGCCCCCGAGUGACCACCGCGCGGCGCUGGGUGACUCUGUGACCCUCGAGUGCGGCACCACCGGCCGACCGCCGCCCGUGCUCUUCUGGUCACGCGCCGGCUCCGAUGACGCUCUGUUCUCCGGCGAUACCCGCGGCCGCUUCAGCGUCGGUGUCGACGGCAGCCUGCACAUCGCUACCUGUCAGGCGGGCGAUCGGGGUCAUUACUCCUGUACAGCGGUGAACGCGGUGGGGUCGCUGGUAGCUCGGGCGCACCUGGAGGUGGCGGAGAGCGGGGCUGUACGCCCGCCUCCCGUCCUAGCCGUACUGCCGGCGAAUCAGACGCUGCCACUCAACUCUCCUGCCCUGGUGCCGUGUCGGCCGGCCGACAGCACGGCUACUGUGAGCUGGAUGAAGGACGGUCGACCGAUCACCCCCGGUCAGCCCCGGGUUCAGCUGGACACAGAUGGGACGUCGCUCAAAGUGGACGACCUGCAGCUGUCGGACAGUGGCCUCUACACCUGUACCGUGACCUCAGUGACCGGAGUCAGCACAUCGGCCUCCGCACGGCUCACCGUCGCCAACCCGACCAACCCCAACAUCCAGUUUCAUCGUCUGGCCGGGCCGGGGUCGUACCCGUCGGCUCCGCAGCGUCCGCGGCUGGUUGGCCGCAACACCACCUCAGUGGAGCUGUCGUGGAGACCAGGCAGGCAGCUGGGCGGCUCAGCGCUACAGGGGUACAGAGUGGAGCGCUACAGCCCGGAUACGGAUGACGGAUGGGUGACAGCCGUACAGAGAGUGGCAGCCGAGACAGUGACGGUCACCGGACUCCGGCCCGACACCACGUAUGUGUUUGGAGUGAGGGCGGAGAACGGUCAGGGAUUGUCACCGCUCUCCGAGCUCUCUGUGCCGGUUCACACCCUGCCGGCGCCGGCAGAGGGGGCGGAGGGAAGGAGGAUGGCGGAGGCCAGCCGCGCGCUCCAGGAGUUUACCGUCAAACUGGAGUCGGCCACCGCGGUGUCAGCCACGGCCGUGAAUCUGCAGUGGAAGAUCGUCUCCGGCGCCGACUGGGUGCAGGGUCUGGUAAUCCGCUACCGUCACACCGACUCGGACUCGGACCAGCCCUUCCAGUCUCUCAGCAUCCACAGCUCGGGGGCCGCCGGAUCCUACGUGGUCGCCAGCCUGCUCAAGUUCGCCUCGUACCAGUUUUUCGUGGUGCCCUUCUUCCAGUCGGUGUACGGCCGGCCUUCCAACUCGCGGACCGUGCGGACACUGCAGGAUGCCCCCAGCGGGCCGCCCCUGGAGCUGGAGGUGCGGCCGCUCAACUCGACUGCAGCCGUGGUCUCCUGGUUACCGCCCUCCUCGUCCGAGCGGAACGGCAUCACCCGCGGCUACCGGCUGCAGCUGAGCCAGCAGCGCGCCAGCUUCCGCUUCAACGUCACCGUCAACAGCUCCACCACCCAGGUGAUCCUGAAGAACCUCACGGCCGGCGCCGGCUUCUCCAUCCAGCUGGCGGCGGUGAACGAGAUCGGCACGGGGCCCCUCUCCGAGCCGGUACACUUCCAGAUGGCGCCCGACGCCAGCGCCCCUGGCGGCGGCGGUGUGAACUCGCGCCAGGUGCCGGCCGCCGGCGGACUCUUCAGCCAGGCGUGGUUCAUAGCGACCAUUGGGGGCCUGCUGUUUGUUCUUCUCACGACUCUGGUGGCGGUCAUAUGCUGGCGCAGGAGGCGAGAGAAGAAGGCGCUCGGAAAUCUGACCGUACCGUCCGGGAAGCCGGACGACAUCUCGCUCCUACCUCUACAAACGGAGCGUGGCCCUCUCUGGAUCGACCCCGGCUACGAUCGCGGCUGGCGCGGCGACUUCCAGAAGCCGUCCGAGGCCAAGCUGCUCAACUGUGAGCUGCCCGCGCUGGUACCGGCCGAGUAUGCUGAGCUCGACCAGCGCGGCAUGAGGACGUUCUACGGCCAAACGGGUGGACUUAGAGACGAUCAGGAACCGGCCCCCUACGCCACGACGAUGCUGGUGGGCGGCGCGGGCCGGCGGCCGCUGGUACGCACCUGUGGCUCUGAUGAGCCCGUGCUGCGACACUCGGGCUCCGAUGGAGGGCCCGUCUACGGGUCCAGCUCCGGCGGCAGCUACUCCAGAGCUCCGCGGACUCCUGGCUACGACACGCAGCCCAACCUGCCGUACAGGGACGACAACAUCUCUCCGAACCUACCUUACCUGACCGGAGCUCACUCUCCCAACCCGCCCUACCUGUACGAGGACAACUACCCACCGGAGAGCUACCACCGGCCCGAUAUCAACGAGUUCGUGCCACCGCCGCCGCCUUGCCCGCCUCCGGAUCUCACAUCCACCCCGUCCCACUCUGCGCACUUCUCUCACCUGCCACACGCCGGCUCAUCCGGCUCCGUCCGUGGGCUGGGCUCGCCGCGCGCGCAGCGUCGCCACCCGGCCGGGACUGGAACUACUGGUUCGCGGUCGGGCCGCGCGGGGCGCCAGCCGCUGUAUAACCUGACGCCGCGUUGUGAGUCCGGUCCGGAGAGUGACCUGCCGGGGAGGAGGGCUGGCGAGCCUCGGCUGCAGCUCCAGGAGCGCUCCGGCGCGCCGCAGCUGCAGCUGUUUGGAGCCGCUGAGGAAUCCGAGCUGUCGGAGCGCGAGCUGAGCCCCGAGUCGUCGGUGAACGGCGAGGCGGGCGGCAGCUGGGAGCCCACCUCCUGCGACGAGGACAGUGACGCCGUCGGCGCCGGGGAUGAGGCCAGUUUCAGCGAGUCGGUGCUGCGCGCGGCGCGCCUGGCCGGAGUGACGGUCACGGCGGGUACCGGGCCUCCCCGUCAGGUCUCUCGCUACCGCCCGCCGCCCCCGGUGGAGGGUGGCGGAGGUAGCCUGCAGGCCCGGCCGACCAGAGCCGGCAGGAAGAGGGGUCACAGCGGAGCGAACACCCUCGACAGGACGACCGCCACUGCAGCGGGCAUUCCGGAGCAGUACCCUCCGAACAACCUGAACCAGAGGAACUACCGGACUGAGGACGACGUCCAUAGCGAGGAACGAGGCCCACUUCUGGCUACAGGACCCUCGUGAACGAUGGGGGCCACAGAGCCUCGAGAACGACCGGGGUCCAAUCCUGGCCAUAAUGCUCUAGUGAGUGGUCGGGGCCCACUCAUGGUCACAAUGCUCUCGCAAACGACCGGGGCCGGAUGAUGGAGUCACCUACCGCUGGUCAGUCGUCUAAUGUCAACCGUCAGCAGUCAGUCACUCGUCAGUCAACCGUCAGCGUCAGUCGCCAGUCAAUCGUCAGUCAUCACCAUCAGUCAGUAGUGAGUCAGGCUUCUGAGCUGGACCCAUAGCUGAUUGGCGUGGAUUAAAGUGAUCUCCCAGCGUGCGCCGAUGGAUUUCUACCAGUGAUCACCGCUAAGCCGUGUUUACAGUACCGGGUAUGACUGGAAGACAUCCUCGUGUCUGUCACAGCACGUAAGCUGGGAUUUCUGGUCACUGACCGAACUAGCACGAUGCAUUGAUAUUGGCGGAAGUCAACCACGGCCUUGAGUUAUUGGUUAGACUUUCAACGCGGGAGCCACGAGGUCUCUUCUUACGAGGAGGAUGCUUUUGUUAUCGGGGAGAGUACCUUGUGUGUUUGGUACACACUUCACACGCGCACUGCAUUGGAUUUGACCUAUGGAUUCUUAACGCGGUCAGUGAGGUCGCCUGGCCCGGUCAGGUCGCGUUGACCGCGUCUGGCUCCCACGCACAACGUGUCUGAGGAGCAAGGCACGUGACUGCUAAGAGACUGAGCUGGCACGGCCCGUCUGAGAUUGGUCUGACGUGACCUACGCUAGUGAUGUCGGAGAGCACAUAGGCGCAACAUAUGCUGACGCUCAGGACAUUGGAGCUCUUUGUCAAGUGUGCGACUGUUGGCUAUGCGUAGACACAAUCGUGCCAGAUCACAGUCAUGUGUGUCGAACUCUAUCGAAUCCGUGGAUGUGCCGCGGCGCGACUCUGUACCGUGGACUAAGCUAUAGAGAGUGAACGGCUGUGAUAUUUAUAUAUAAACGAUAGCUGCAGUGUCCUGUGUCGCCGCAAUAACUUCCUCUGUGAUGGAGAGGAUGAUUGGGAGAGCGGCGCUGUUAGAAAUCAGGGUCCGGUGCGCGACGACUUUGUAGAAACAGGGAUAGGGGGAGGGCGGGAGAGGUAGAAUGGCGAGCGGUGGACAACUAGUCACAUAAAUGGCUCCACAACUUGCCAUAUCUCAAUCGAUAAUGCCAAUAAACAGUUGACAAUGCC